AUGCCACGUAAGCUACGUAAGAAUAUACGUAAGAGGAAGAGAGCAUUGAAACAUCCAAUAGUAAAACUGACACCACAACAACAGUUGCAACAACAAAUGAUGAAUGACCCCACUAUGUUGCAACAAAUGUCAAGCAACCCUAUGCUUUUAAACCGAGUUAUUGGUGCACAGAGUGGAGGUUUAAGAGCGGCACUUUUAGCGAAAAUGGCAGGCUAUGGUGGAGCUGCAGACGGAACAGCUUAUAACCCUCAAAGUCAAAUGAAUUUGAGUUCACUCAAAAAUCAAAUAACAGAUGUCAAAAAGUCAAACAUAGACAUACAGAAACAAAUAAGUGAAAACGAAAAGAAACUAGAAUAUGACAGACACACAAAGAAACUCAAUGAGUUAAACGUAGAGAAAAAGAAGAAAGAAGAACAACUGAAAGAACUAAGUACAGAGGAAUAUGCGAAAAAAGUGUCAGAAAAAGCAGCAGAAGUAGCAAAAAUGGAACAAGAUGUUAUAAAUUUGAAAAACCAUACUACUCAAUAUAAAGUACUGAAAGAUGAAGAAAUAAAACAAAAAGCCCUGAAGACAUAUAUGGAUAGCGAUGAGUAUAAAAAAGAAGUUGAAGCAAAUGUAAAGGCAGAAAAACUUUUACAGUUGCAAAACCAAACCGUACAGUAUGAAAACUUAGCACAAGAAAGUAAAAAUAACGACGCAGCCAUGCAAAAGGCAAUGAAAAGCGCAGAAUAUAUAAAAGCUAAUAAUGACUGGUUAGAUGCCCAAGCCAACGCUAAAGCAGCCCAACUUAUAGGGUCAAUAAGGACAAAAAUACAAGCGGAUGAAGACAGUUCAAAUGAAGCUUUAAUGAAUGCUGACUUUAAGAACGCCUUCGAAGCUCUUCAUAGUAAGGUGAAACUAGUGAACGACUUCUCAUCUGGAAAGAAACUGAAGUCUGAAGGUUUCGACAAAGAGUUAAGAGAAGUAGCACAAAAUAUGACGAAAAUAACAGAUGCAGCAACGAGACAGGCAGUUCAAAGUGCCUAUGACGCCGUUAGAGCAACUGUUGUGGAAAGUCAAGAAAAAGAGUUACAACAGACCAAAACAGACCUAGUAAAUGCUUUCUUAAAAACGAAAAGUCAGGUAGGACAUUAUGCUGCAGAUGGAACAUAUGUGCCAGCUGGUGGAACUUAUAUACCAGCUGGUGGAACUUAUAUACUAGCUAGUGGAACUUAUAUACCACCAAACCCUCCAAGAGAAGCACCUGCACCAGGACUACCUAAAACAUUUACAUCGUCACAUGGACACAGACACAGGCAUGCACCAAAACCAGCACCACAACCAACAGUUCAAAACACUGCACCACAACCAACAGUUCAAAACACUGCACCACAACCAACAGUUCAAAACACUGCACCACAACCAACAGUUCAAAACACUGCACCACAACCAACAGUUCAAAACACUGCACAGCAACAACCACAAACAGAGCAAGGACAUAAAAGAAGUAGAGAACAAGGAAACCAAGAAUUCUUAAAAAUGCUUAAGGAAGACUAUGGUUACCCAGAUACUCUUGACUUUAGUGACAGAUAUAAAGAAGCUAUUAGAAAGUUCAAGGAAGGAAAUACUGACCCGAACCUAUUUAGCUUUAUGGUUCAGCACCAAAUGGGAUAUAAUUUCAAACCUGGAAAAUACAAGCUCGCUAAGGGAUAUGAUUUAAUAGCAUAUCAUCCAAAUGACAUGACUGAAUUUACUCCAAGAUAUUUGGUGUCAGAGCUAAACGAUAAUUCAACUCUCUUCAUGAAACGCGUAAAAAAUAGAGACGGAACGAAAGAAGAAAGGUUUAUGAGUCCGGAUGACUUAGAUAGGGAACUUGUUAAAAACG